GAAGAAACUUUACCUCGCUCGCUUCCACUGCUUAGGGAAUUUUAUGGAAUUCUCGGAACCACUAGAGAUCAACCAAUAAAGUUUCGACGCGAGAUACAUUUAUAUGACUUUCGUGAAUGUUCAUCUAUUUGUCUUUAUCUUUUAAUUCCAACCAAUCAAUUGGAUUACCUGAAUACGAAAUCGUGCUUCAUUUCUCUUUUGAGCUAUUUUCGUUUACUAGCUCCCUCGGUCUUCUCUUCCUCUCUUACUGCUAUCGGCUCACUCUGUCUCACCGCUUUACGAUAAACGAACCUUCGAAGUCUUGUCACAAGUUGAUGAAGGAGAAGCAGAGAACUUCAUUUGGCUGCUAGAUACGAGGAGAGAAAGGAGAAAGAGAAGAACAAAGACGAGUACACACAUUCAUCAUCCCUAUUCGCCUUCUAUAUAGGCCCGAGGUCCUUCCUUCAAAUCAAGAAGGGUGAUAUAUGAUAAACAUAAAGAAAGAACCUCAGGAGAAGAUUGUGCCUAAGCCGUCUACCUCCUGCCGUACGUCCUGGUAGGUCGCAUUGGGUCCAUCACACAAACGAGAUAUAUUUCAUCCCGUGCAGGACUGGUACUGUACACAUUUAUUAUAUAUAUCUAAAUCUUUCACGAACCAACUUACGGUCCGAUCCGUACUAGAUACUGUUCAAGGGGGCAUCCAAGUGGCAGAAAAAAAGAGAUCUACAUAUCAGCAAACCCUAAAGAGAAAGGAAACUCUUUUGAGAAAGGAAGAUAGCAAAUCCGUUCUUACAAUUCGUCAAACGCCAAAAGUCAAGUCUUUUUUCCGUGGCCUUCACUUUCCACCGUGUUAGCCUUGCAGCAAAUCGGACAAUCUAACGUGAAGAAGCUUACCCUAUACCGAAAACACAUUAACGUCGAAAAUUAUUCCUUUGCAAAGUUCAAGAACAGGAAAAGAAGAAGAGAGAAAAGAAAAAGAGCGAAAGUAAGAAAAGAAUACCUGGCUAAAAAAUGGAUUCGACUUACACGCCUCAAUCUCCCGAUUUAUCAGGUUUCCUACCACCCGAUGCCAAUAAAAGUCAACAAUCCUUUCAUCCGUUAAUCGCUUCGAGAUCAUAUGCACCCAGAUCACCGGGAGGCAUUCCUCAUUUUGGCAAUGGUACUAUUCCUACAUCGACAUUGACAUCGGCAUUGACAUCGACAUCAUCAACAACAACAACAACAUCAUCCGCAGGACUUUCUCAGCCAACACAACCCCUAAAUUAUCAUCCGAGUCAAUCAAAUCAAGCAAAUCAAGCAAAUCAAGCAAAUCAUCCAAGAUUCACGGCCAACAAUCCUAGAACCGUAAUGAAUGAAUUUUCCAAUCAUCACACUUUUAAUACUACAAAUCAAUAUAUGCCACCGAUUCCCGCAUUACCACCUACACAUUCUUUCGGAAGUCAGGGAACAACUCCAAGCACUACUGCGACAACUCCAACCACGGCUCCACAAUUUUAUUACUACCCCUCUCAAUCUCAAUCUCAAUCUCAAUUUCAAUCUCAAUCUCAAUCUCAAUUUCAAUCUCAAUCUCAUUCUCAUUCUCAUUCUCAUUCUCAAUCUGAUUCUCAUCCUCUUCCUCAUCCUCAUCCUCAUCCUCACUCUCAGACCAUCACAUCAGAUUUGGCCAAUAAUAAUCACAACAACAACUCACCUAUCAUUACUUCUUCUUCUUCCUCUUCUCACUUACAACAACCGCAUUCACAACCACAACCACAACCACAUCCACCAUAUCUCGAUCAAUUUCAAAAUCCCGAACCGACAUCAUCUUCUCUGUCCCCUUACGAUCAUCGCAUCCCUUCGCCAUUCAAUCUGGGGAAUGAUCCAGUAGAGAUAUAUCAAUACAACAAUCAUCCUCAAAAUCCUCUCUAUCACGAAUCAUACACAAAUCAAUUUGAUACAACAACGCGACAACCUCGUCAGCCACGCGUCAAAUCUCAACCCCCAUUCGAUCAAUCUCACACUCCUCAGCACCAACCCAACAUGUCUUUCGCCUUAGCACCUCAGCCCCCCGCGGCUCCUCCUUCGAAUAAAAACCCAAAUCCAGAUGGAAUAGAAAUCCGCACGAAAUUCCCCGUCGCCCGCAUAAAACGUAUCAUGCAAGCCGAUGAAGAAGUAGGAAAAGUCGCGCAAGUUACUCCGGUCGCAGUAUCGAAAGCGUUGGAACUCUUUAUGAUAUCAUUAGUACAAGGCGCGGCAAAAGUGGCGAGGGAGAAGGGAGGAAAGAGAGUCACGGCGGGUUGUUUGAAGAGAGUGGUGGAGGAGAAUGACCAAUUUGAUUUUUUGAGUGAGAUUGUGGGGAGGGUUCAAGAGGUUGUGCCGGCGGCGAAGGAGGAGAAGGAUGGGGAGGGAAAAAAGAGGAAGGCGUCGGCGGCGAAGAAGGAAGAGGGAAGUGAGAGUGAAGUGGAGCCGGAAGUGGAUGCGGGCGAACCGAAGAAAAAAGGAAGGGGAAAGGGAAAGGGAGGAAGGAAGAAGAAGGUCGAGGUUGAAUCUUGAUGAAGAGGUUUCCACCGGGAGGAGGGAUACAAUUACAAUAUAACCAGUGUGCGAAAUCAAUACUUAGGGUUGAUGAAAGAUCAAUUUGCUUUUAGCUGGAUGGAGGGAUGGAUGGACGGAUGGACGGGAAAAUGGGCGUUGGAUGGGUGUAGCAUAUACAUAUCAUACAUUACAUAAAUACAUGAUGGCGCUAUGCGGUGGACUUUUCGACUUUUCAAUGUCGAUAAUUGAGGAGAAUAUGCUUGUGGCUUCUGGCUUGUGGCUUAUGGUGCUAGGAUUUUUGAGACCAGCACGCUUGAGGGAUUAGCUAGAGCUGGUUAGGUUAGGUUAUAUUAUAUUUAUAUUAUAUUAUACAAUUCUCCACUACUUUUAUCUUUACCUCA